UAAUUUGUUUAAUAACAAUAAUUACAUAUAAAAGUAUAUGCCAUAAGCUUCCAAACACAACUAAAAAAACUUUUGAUUUUACAUUUAGAGUCAUAGGACAAGCAUUCUAAUUCUAAUUUAAUUUUACGCGCGAGUACUUCAUAGUAGUGCGAAUAAAAGGUCAACUUUGGGGUGGUGCUGAGUCUUUUGUAUACAAUAUAUAUAUAAAAAAAAUACGUUUUAUUGUGGACUGGUCUAUUGACAACGUGUUAAUGAUGUUUCUGACUAAUUUUUUUAAAGUUCAUUUUUCUUUUUUUUUGGCGCGCUAAUGUGGACGUUCGUCCUUAUGUGCGCCACCUGGAAAGAAAAUUAAUGGAAACUUUUGACAAAAAAAUUAAGAUUAUUUACGCUGAAAAGAGAGUUUCUUGCUCCAUUUUCCGCUACUCUUUUAACCUAUAAGGAUUUAUUUAAAACGUUCGGUCAGUUGCAACGCAACAGCGAGAAGCAAUACUUAACUCACCCAGAAGAAAUUUGCCUGAAAAUUGUACGGCUGAAGAUUUGAUGAUGGGAGAGUGCGAUAAUGUGCCCGAGCUUCUCACUUGUUUUUUGGAAUCACUCAUUUGGGGUUAUAUGUCUCAUAUAUCCAAAAAGAAACGUGAAAGUAGAAAAAAUAAAAAUGAACUUUAUAUUUUUUCCAUUGGUAAAGAUCUGAUCUACGCAGCUUCUGGCCACAAAAUUAAAACAUCUAAGCACAUUACCCUAGGUCUGACAGUGAAGAGCUUAUGCAACAGUAAGAAAGUUGUUAACAUAUUGUCAAAAUAUGGGCACUGUUGUUCUUACACAACUCUAGAAGAGCUAGAAACUGAGCUGACAUUUUCAACGGUAAAUAGCGGCUACGUAUGCCCUGAAGAUAUUCUACGUCGCCCGGACUUGAAUACUGGUGUUGCAUUCGACAAUUUAGACCGUUUCGUGGAAACCAUGAACGGCAAAGAUACUCUGGAUGAUACAGUGGGAUUAUUUACCAGGAUAUCGUACAAAAUCCGGAUUUGGUGUCUGGAAUCUUGUAGACCUUGUGUACAUGAAAAUUCAAUAACCGAUGAGAUCGCGCGUGGUAGUUUUCCAGAAUUAUCCGUCACCACUAGAAAAACAAAAUCCCGAAAACGCAGGGCUUUUGAAGAAGUUAAUUAUGAAAUACAUCCAUUUACCAAGAAAUUAAAAAUUACCAACUGGAGUCAGCUAAAAUAAAUAAAUAUACGCGCAAAUAAAUAGACUCUUGUACAGUGGUGAUAUAUAAAUAAUUAGUAGAUAAGUGUUUAGUUACUUUUAUAGUUUCUUGGUGUUUUAAGUGUAAUUUAGUUAUAAAAUAAAUAGUUUAGUUCGUUAAUAAACCAGUGCGUGUUUUAAUUCGCACUACGAACAGUUACAAUAUCUUUUUUAUCAUCAUUUUAAUUACUUACAUUACUCCAUACAUUUUUCCUGUAACAGGUGGUCUUGAGGUGUUUAUGUCUUGUCCAUGCUGUUUACCAUUGUCAAUAAAUCGACCCAAACCCAACCCACCACCACCACCUGCAAUGGCAAGGGGCAUUUUAUGGCUGUUUCGAUUUUUCUGGAAGAAAAUUAAUUGUUUGAUACUUUUUUAGCAUCUCAGAGCUUAAUAAAGCUCCAGACACUUUAAGUGUGUCAAAACAGAUAGACGUUACGUCGAUGUUAUUACAUAUGUAUGAAAAAUCCGAUGUGCCAAUGUGGGUCGGAUUUCACAACAAGAUUCUAACAGAUGAUUCGCGAGUUCAAAAAAUUUCAUACCUUACUCCCAUAAAUAAAUCUCCGACCAACAAUUCAACUGUCUUGAAAACUCUAGAAUUAAGUCAGGAGAUUGCAUAUGAAUGUCAAGCACCCUAUAUACAGAUAACCUAUGAUUUAGUUAUUGCUCGCACUAGUUAUUGCAUUCAAGCUCAAGAAUCUCCUAGAUUUGACAAUAUUUUUAUUCAUUUGAGGGCCUUCCAUAUUGAAAUGGCUUUCUUCAAGGCAAUUGGCAGUUUCAUUGGAGAUUGUGGACUGAGCAAUAUCAUGUCUGAAUGUGAACUGAUCGCUAAUGGCUCAGUUUCAGGUUUUAUUAGUGGAAAAAAUUACAACAGAUGUAAACGGCUACAUUCUCUCGUGUCAUUGGCAUUGGAACAAUUACAUUUCGAGGCAUUUUUGGAGAACAAGCAAUUGACGGUCGGGGAAUCAGUGUUAGAAUAUCUUACCACAUUUUUGAGUCACAAAGAUGUCUCUCCCCAAGUUCAGCAUGCGGAAACACAACGUCUCAUUCAAGCUUAUGAGGAAUACACUGAAGACACAUUAGACGGUAAGCACGGAAAAACAGCGCAAUUUUACGCAAUGUACAUCGAUUUUGUAAAUCUUUACCACUUAUUUAUUAAAAGUAUUAGAGUUGGAGAUUUAGAUUUGUACUUAUACACCAUUGCGAAGAUCGUCUGCUUAUUUUUCUACUACAAUCAACCCAACUAUAGUCGAUGGCUAGUGUGUUACAUUAAUUUACU